AUCGCCAUCAUUAACUAAUCCCAAUCAUAAUUUCACUAAUGAAACCUAUCUGUAUCGAAAAUUUUAAUUUUUAUAUCCAUUAGACUAUGUAUUAUACUAAUUUAUGUUGUGUUGUAAAUUUCCUAAAAACGACAUUCGUAUAUUAAAAUUAGAUACUAAAUGUCGUCGAAAAAAAAUAGUUAUUGUGAAUUUAUUGUAAUGAAAUAAAGCCUUGCUUCGUAAAAUAUAAUUGAAUCCACAAGCAGAAUAUCCCUACAGACGCAAGGUCGUAAACGAUCUCAGAGCUUAGUGGCUGCUCUCGACUCGCACAAUUAGCACUGAUAACGAGAUAACAGCGGGCUAUCUCUCCUCAUCACGAUAACGUCACAACAGAGAAAUCGCAUAAGAAAAUAACGGAAAACGUCAGUUUUAUAAUUAUACAGUGUCUUAAAAAUAUUAUCAUAAAAAAUCUAACUGUAUAUUAUGUUCAAAGUAAAAAUAAAAAUUGUGUUCAGUGGCAUAUAAGUGUUGAUCUAAAUCUUACCAGAUAAUGUGUUUGAAAGUUAUAUUACACACUUUAUUAUAAAAAUAUAUGGUCAUUAUGGAUAAAGAAACUGCUCCGUUUCAAGAAAAGGAGUAUGAGAAAAUUAAUUUACUUUACGACGAAUGUCUUAGUUAUUUGAAUAAGUAUAAAAAUACGAAUAAUAAUUUGAUUCUGGAUGAAGAAAAGUUUAUUGCCAAUAACGAGAAUGAAAUUGAAGAACCAGAUUACGAUACUAUAAAAGACAUAAAUAAAGAUGAUAAAAAAGAAAUUUAUAAGAAGGAAGCUAAAGAAAAACAAAAUGACCUCAAAUCUAAAUCGUGCAAUGAACUUAAUGGUGUAACUGAUGGAAAUAAUUACUUCUUUAGCAGCCAAAUAGAGUUCAAAGUUGAAAAUGAGUUUGCAUGUGAAAGUGCCACUUCUUUUGAGAUGCGAUCUCCUCGCUUGAGAAAGCUCUCAGCACAGCUUCCAAAAAUAAUUAUAACUCAGAGUAAUACCAGCUUGGAGCUAAAGCAAGGAAGUAUGAAACUUGAAGAUGUGGUUAUGAGGCAGAAGGCAAAAGUACCUCAUGCUAAUAAUGUUCAUAACAAGAGGCCACCUCCCUUACGUCGUGGAGGAUACGGCGAGUUCCCAAAAAGGUUGGUGUCCAAAACUGGAGUGGAAAACGUGGCAGUCAUCUCUAACGUGCCGUUUAGGAAGAUUCGUCUACUUAACGACACCUUUCAUACAUUGAUCAAUCUCCGCUGGCGUUGGAUAGUCCUUGGUACCGUAGUAUUACAUUUCACUAUUUGGUUAAUGUUCGCUGUAUUCUGGUACAUUACUGCGCUCGCCCACUAUGACCUAGAACCCAAUCCACCAAACAAGACCUGCGUUACGGGAGGGAAGGAUUUCGUCACCAUAUUCCUGGCAUCGGUGGAAGCUCAAACUACGAUUGGUUUUGGAGAUCGCGCCAUUGAUGAAGAAUGUCCAGAAUCAAUUUUUCUUUUCAUAACACAACUCAUAUUAGGGACAGGAUUGUCAGGCGUAUUGACAUGCGUGGUAUACGCCAAGCUGACGAGGCCAGAAAAACUAUCGAGGGAUGGAGUCGGAUUCAGUAAGAAAGCUGUGAUCAGUGUGCGCGACGGGCGCUUGUGUUUGAUGAUACGCGCUUGGGACCUCAACUACGACCACAUCAUCAGUUCAGAGUUCACCGCACAUUUCGUGCAUACACACAGGACAAAGGAAGGCGAAGUGAUCCGCUAUUAUGCCCGCAGUAUUAAACUACAGCAACGUCAAUUUCUUCUUUGGCCAGUGACAUUGGUUCACGUUAUAGAUGAGGAUAGCCCUUUAUACAACUUCUCACCAGAACACAUCUCUAAAGAGAGUUACGAAAUCACCGUAAGCCUGAAAGGUGCUUCAGCAUCCAUGGGAACCUUCACGCAAAGCCAAACCUCCUACCUCCCCAGGGAAAUUAUCUGGGGCCAUCGUUUCCCCCCAGUUGUAAAGUAUGACCAACGCAAACAGAAAUACGUCAUAAACCACAAGAAAUUGGAUACUACAGAGCCUGUUCUAACUCCAAACUGCAGUGCAAAUCAAUUUUACAGCAACAAAGAAGAGAAAUCAGAGACACAGUCCUGUCAACAUCAAUGUCCUGGAACUCCAAGCAGCUUUUGCGACAAAAUAUCGGCAUUCCAUCUCGAAAAAUCCUCGUCGUUCAAGAGAAAAACCUUUAAAUCAUAGUUCAAAUAGAAAUUUGUUAUAUUAUAGCCCAGAACUCGUUGAAUGCCAUAGCAGCGACACUAACAGCACUUCCUGCUUGGCUAUCCUUG